UUGAGCACGUAUAAAUCGACAGAGUAUUACUUUGCGCUGUUGCGAUACUUUCUGACGUCAACACAAGCAGUGGGACAAAGAAGUCGAGAAGAUCGCAAACCCUGCUCGCAAUUAAAAGAAAGUAACUGUAAUGAAGAUCUUGUUAUAAUAUUCACUAAUGUUAAGCUCAUGCGAAAAGAGUUUAAUCGAUUAUUUAUCAACAACUUCACAUCUCAGAAUAUAUUAUGAAAUUAGAGUUGUGGCAUUUUAAACGUUGUCAGCAAAAACAAUGAACAGAAUUGUGUGAAGGAAAAGUUCCGAAUAUCAAAUCGAUUUUCACACCAGAUACUACUAUGAACACUCAGGUCGCCAUUGUUACUUGUCUAAUCCUGGCGGCUGGUUGGCCGGUUAUUACACAAGGCUUGUGCCCUAUUCGAUGCCAGUGUAACGAGGAAAGAUUAGUGGUAGUGUGCGAUGAGGCUGGGUUAGGUGUGGUUCCUAUAACACUCAACCCUGAUCUCAGAGAAUUUCAUCUCAGAAAGAACAACAUCAAAGGAAUCAUGGCAGCGUUCAGUGUCUACCACAACUUGGAAUAUUUAGAUAUGACAAGCAACCACUUGGUAGCUCUCGGCCGUAACAACUUCAAGUUACAGAACAAACUGCGUAUCUUGAUACUUGGGCAUAACAUGAUCUCGUCUUUGCAUCCUUCUACGUUUGUUGGACUGCACGGUCUUCAAAUUUUGAAGCUCACCAGAAACUUCCUUCGUGAACUUCCUGACAACAUUUUUACCGAAUUGAUAAACUUGGAAAUCUUAGAUUUGUCGGAAAACAGCAUUGACACCAUAUACAAAAACGCUUUUGUGGGGCUAAAAAACCUUAAAAUUCUGUUACUAAAAGACAAUAAACUUGGACACAUUCCCACGUCCUCAUUCAGAACCAUUCCUCAUGUACUUAGCAUAGAUUUAGGCUCAAAUAAUUUCCCAGUCUUGUUGGACGAGAGUUUUGUUAAUCUUGUCAACUUAGAAAAGUUGAAAUUAAACAGUUGUGGAAUACGCCAAAUCCAUAAAAGUGCUUUCAAAAGACUAAAUAAACUUAUAUACCUUUUUAUUCAAGAUAACUUGCUCGAUUCUAUCCCAACAGAGGCAUUUUUUAAUCUUAAAACAUUACUGGAACUUGAUAUUGGUCAGAAUAACAUCAAAGUUAUUGAACCGAAAAGCUUUAGCGGUUUAAUCAACAUCCAAACCAUCUCUAUUAGCAGCGGUCCUUAUCUGGAAAAAAUAAAACACGAGGCUUUUUCCGCAAAUAUAAGAUUACAGCACCUCGUUGUCAAUCACAACAAAAACCUUAAACAUAUUGACACAAAAGCCUUUUCUUCGUUGACUAUGCUACGUUCUGUUAGUCUCCGUAAUAACGACUUUCAGACGUUUGAUGAAGACCUACUACCUUGGAAUGACUUGCAGCACUUCGACCUUCGUGACAAUCCAUUAGUCUGCAAUUGUAGUCUUUCUUGGUUAUUAAACCACUACCAAACUCGAAAUUUCUCAGAAAAUUUUAGUCUCGAAAUGACCCACGUUCGAUGUGCACAUCCUCUUGUACUUCGUGAUCUCACGCUGAAGAGUUUGACCGUGAACGAUCUCGGCUGCCACCAAAUUCAAACACGAAGGAUUCUUACUGGGACUCUUAUAGCGAUUGGCGUUCUUAUCCUUCUUACUCUUAUUUCAGCGUUGUGGUACCGUCAGAGGGUUGCGAACGAUUUUAAAAUAAAAUGUAGUAUAACACUUCCAGACACACAGUACGAAAACUGUUAUCGACGCGAUACUUAUUUAAGAGAAGAAAUAUCGCCGGAGCGGGAGUGGGUGGUAAAAAUUGGGAGGGACCCCUUUCCAGGUAGAUUUGUGUAGAAAUCAGUACAACAUAGCUCACCACGUAAUAGAAUCAUUCCGUUAUUUAUUGUACGAAAUAUUUCUGUUGUAACUCCUGUUGAAACAGUGGUUCUCUCCAAUCUUCUAGUUUUGUGUAGAACUCUUUCUUGUGCUUCUAAGAGUGACUUAAGAGAAUAUUUAAAGAAGAAACAAUUGAUUGUGAUGAAUCAUUAAGAUAUACUGUCCGUUUUGCAAAAGUAAACAGGUAAUCUGGUAAUCUUCAUAGUGUUUUGUAUACCACUGAAAGCAGACCGGUCGCCACAUUAAUUUCUAAGUUUUUCAACUUCUGCACAAGAUGAUAAUUUGAUAAUAAGUGAUUCUUCAACGGAAAUAUCACACACCAGCUCUCCCUUUACCCUACAUCAUAGCUGAGUUGUUAUAUUCUGUCAAACCGCUCUAAAAACUUUAAAUUGGUGAUAUUUCCUUUAUGAAUAUCCAAAUCCAUUUUUCGUCGAAAAUAUUUAUAUAUAUGUUUUGUCCAACAGAUGGCGAUUUGCAAGAACAAAAAAAAAAAAGAAUAAGAGAUGACAUGCAAAUAUUCGCAGAAACGGAAACGUUUUCGUUUCUUCACGUAUUCGUAAGUCAUCUCACAUUCCUCUUCGUUUUGGCAAAACACCAUCUGUUAGACACAAAAAUAUAAAUAUUUUCAAAGAAACAAAUGUUUUAGAAAAAUGCUUUUCAAAUGAGUGAUUUAAAGUGAAGGACAAUAAUUCAAAAACUUAAUAAUACACUACAGGAAAACAUAGUAAUUUCUUUACGCAUUAUAAACUACAUGAAUAAAUAUUUUAAAGUUUGUUCUGACAAGUUCUGUAAAGAAUUAAACAUAUUUGAAAUAUAUUUUCAAAAUAAAUUAUGAAAAGAUUAUCUGUUCGAUGGGAUAUAAAUAGGCAGUAUAAGUCAGUAUAAAAAAAAUUGGGGGGAGUGGGUAACUGCAUAAUUUCGUCAGCAUUUUUGAAAUUUUGCUCCUUAUACAAAAAAGUAAAAGUCUUGCUAAGUUUAUUACUUGUAAUAUCAAAACUUAGUUCAUAUAGUUUUAUGGUCUCGCAUUAUGCGUUAGUAAUUCACAAUAUUAUUAUAUUAAUAGUAUUAAUUAUAUCACAAUAGUAUUAAAAUCGAAAGCUAAUUUUGACCUCAUUCAUGCAGUAAAUAAAGAUGUUUUCUUAUCUAAGUAAUUUGUUUAACGUAUAUCAUUACGUUAGUCCAGAAUAAUAAAAUUAUUAAGAUUAAAAGAUGUGUGAGUCGCGAGGAAGGUCUCUACUUAACAUUUGAAUUAAUUUCAAGAUUUAAUGAGACUUUUAAUCACGAGGCACACUGUUUAAAUAUAUAGGCUCUCAACAUUUGGCUAACAUGAAAAUGAAGACACGAUGUGCUAAAAAAAUAAUUAAAUUUAGAAAAUAUAUUCGUGAAUUUUAUUUGGAAAAAAAGAUAUUAAAAUUUUGUUAUUGUUGGUUUGUAUAUAGUAUAAUACACCAUGUUAACAAUUGUUAUCAAACAGGUUCCUAGCUAGAUGUAGUUCAGGAGUUUCCACGAUUGAGGAAAAAGCAUAAACCUGCUGCUUUAAUAGGCACACCUGAGAAAGGUAUUUCGAGGUGUACGGAGCAAAGUGUUUGUGCUUUAAUAAGAUUAUAUUUCUACGAGAAAAGGUUGAUUUCAGACCAUUUACAUGGAGUACCAAAAUGUAGAUAAACCCAUAGCUGACUCUCUGAAGUUAGUUCUGGCUAAGAGUCUGUUUGACUGGUGCGAAAGCUAUUGUAUCGCUUUCUGUAAUUUUUAUGGCAGGCUGUUUGUCAUUUAGCUCUCUAAUUUGAAGAUAAUUAAAAAUACUCUAUGUGCAAUAAAGAAAAACAAAAUAACGA